GUGCCUACGUCAUUGCAAGUGUUGUUGCAGGCCGUGACAAGCAUAUACUAAGUAGCCCGACGGCAUUCUUGGCGGCCUUGGUGCGUAGCGGUGCGCAGCUAGGUAGGGUUUAUCUUCCGAGACACACCAAGCUCUACAGGACACCGUCAUACUUUCUGAGAAAUACCUAGGGGCGCUGUGAGACCAAUCAUGUGCUGCUGUCGGCUCCAGUCCUGCUGUUGCUGUGGCCUCCGCGAAGGGUCGAUCGCUGUUGGAAUUAUCGAUUUGAUCCUGUCAGCACUAGGACUAGCCUUAGGUGUGUGGCCAAUCGCGGCUAGUGGCGGUGCAGUCCAAGUCAAUCCUUAUUCAUACGGGACCCUCGGCGUCUAUGCUAUCUCCAUCCUGUUCUCCAUCCUGCUGAUCCUGGGCGCCGUGAAGAACAACGCCUGCCUGUGCCUUGCUUGGAUCAUCUGGUCGAGCAUCUGUUUGGUGCUGAACAUCGCCCUGGUGGGAUGGAUCUGUGUUGUGGCUUGGGGUGUUAAUGUGGGUGCUAGUGCCGCCGCAGCAGCGGGGUCUGCCUUUGCAGCCGCACUCGGUAUCGUAGCAGUCAGCCUCUACAUCGCGCUCGCUAUCCUCGGUGUGAUCAUCUUUUUCUUGAUCUACGGCAUCAUAGUCGUCAACUCCUUCCGUCAAGAACUUAAUGAGAGCGGUGGCAACCCGGCAGGGUCUUAUCCGAUGCAAGCCGUGUGAAAAAAAUGCAGCAGCUUCCUGAUGACUUUGAUCGUCAUCGACAAAAGAAGGAAGAUGCACGUGGUCUAUUUGACCCCCUCUUUCACCAAUAACAGCCGCAUGUAACUUUGUAUAAUCUAACAAUUAAUCGCUUUAUCUUGUCCUAGCCAGCGGUGUAAAUGAAGGUGUAACCUUUCUGACGUGGAUCUCAAAAUGUAGACAAUCGCGUGCUUGCUGAUAAGUUAUUGCUGAACAAUUUAGUAAGUAAUCCUAAAAGUUAUAUAGUGCUAUGGGGUUUGCGAAUAUCUUAACAAAGGACAGAAUUUGUUGUUACUUAGAGCCAUAUUUGCUUAUUCUUGCCGUCUCCUUGAGUCAUGUGUAAUGUACAAUGUAAGGGUCCAAUAAAAACUACGUUUGCGUUUGCA